CACAGACGACCAGUGAGAAUGUGAGAUAACCUUAGAAGCUGCCAUGUGUGGCGUUCACGAAUUGGUAUUGAAGUCAAACUGUUCUCUUGAAAUUUAUUAAGAUCCCCACUUGCGGAGCGCGAAAGAAUUUUUCCAGGUUCUUGAGAUUUUGGAAGAAUUUUGCUCAACUUCUCUGACAGAAGCGUCAACUCCCUGUCUUCAGCUGCAGUCCAAUACUAUCAUAAUUCCCUCUUCUGUAAGAACCUCGCCUUUUCAAAGAAGAACCCUAGUUUUCUAAUGGGUUCCCUUUUACCUUGUGAAAUUUGCUUAUCGGAGGAGAUCAUUGAAGGUGAAAAGGAGCCCAUUGUGGUGUCCAAUGGAAUUUCAAAGGAGACUGAUGAAUCUUAUGGGGUUGUAUUUUUACCGAAGUGUCACCGAGGGGCUUUUCUACUAUCACCACUAAAUUGGCUUACAGUUCUUUCGAAGGAAACACAUUGGAGUUUUGUGUUUGGGGUCAUUGUAGUUAAUGGAAUCAGCCAGGGAUUUGGCGGUGGAACAUCGAGAGUUGCCAUUGAUUAUUACUGGAAAGAUGUGCAGAAAGUGCAGCCUUCAGCGGCACAGUUAUACCAAGGGAUAGUGUACACUCCAUGGAUUGUAAAGCCUAUUUGGGGUCUUUUCACUGAUGUUCUUCCAGUGGCUGGAUACAGGCGAAAACCAUACCUUAUAAUUGCAGGCCUUUUGGGAGUGGUCUCAAUGCUAACAUUAUCACUCCAUAGCAAACUACAUGUUAUGUUUGCAUUGCUUGUGAUGACCUCGGGCAGCGCAAGUGUUGCUGUAGCAGAUGUGGUUACAGAUGCAUUCGUUGCACAAAACAGUAUUGCGAAACCUGCACUUGCAUCAGACAUGCAAAGCUUAUGUGAACUAAGUUCAGCCAUAGGAGCUCUUCUGGGUUUCUCUAUUAGUGGGAUACUUAUUCAUGCCAUGGGAUCACAGGGAGUACUUGGCUUGCUAAGCAUUCCAUCAUUGCUGGUGUUGUCAGUUGGAAUCUUGAUUAAGGAGAUUCCUACACCCAAUUUCGCUUACACUGAGGUACAUCAUAAGUUUCUUAAAGCUGGCCAAACUAUGUUGUCAACUUUGAAGUGCCCUGAAGUCUGGAGACCAUGUUUAUACAUGUUUAUUUCAAUUUCCUUGAGCCUGAACAUUCAUGAAGGGAUGUUCUAUUGGUAUACCGAUAAUAAAGAAGGCCCUUCUUUUUCUCAGGAAACUAUUGGAUUUAUCUUCUCAAUUGGUUCAGUCGGUUCUCUUCUUGGGGUCCUAUUCUACCAAAAUUUUCUCAGGGACUUCCAAUUCCGCAGCUUGCUUUUCUGGGGCCAGCUAUUAACUGGCUUCGCUGGCAUGUUAGAUUUGAUAUUAAUACUUCGUCUCAACUUAAAGCUCGGUAUACCCGACUUUCUCUUUGUUGUUUUAGAUGAGUGUAUCUCUCAAAUGAUUGGGCGCAUCAAGUGGAUGCCCAUUCUUGUUCUAAGUUCAAAGCUUUGUCCUUCUGGAAUUGAAGGAACUUUUUUUGCAUUACUUAUGUCCAUUGAGAAUUUUGGCUUGCUCUCGGCAUCAUCGGGCGGCGGGUUAUUACUUCAUACCUUAAAGGUUACAAGAACUGAAUUCAAUAACCUAUGGAUAGCUAUUUUGUUCCGCAAUAUCAUCAGAGUUUUGCCAUUACCUUUGUUAUUUCUGGUGCCAAAAAGUGAUCCAAAUGCUACUAUUCUUCCUCCUGAGAUGCUUAUGGAAAAUGAAGUAAUGAUUGGUCUUAAAGAAGCUGAUGUUGAGUUGGCAUUUCUGGUUAACAGCUAAUAGGUAUUUAUCUCUUUUUUUGGAAUCCUCUGAAGCUUUUUCUUCAAGUGUAGUUGAUACAGCCUUUAUUUUUUUUUUUCUGUGGAAUUGGAUGAGAUGUUGGUUCAGUUCUAGCAAGCCAUUUUGGUAGGACACAGAAAAGUUCACAAUGAAUGGAAAUUAUUUAGUUUAGUAACAGUGGAAAGACUGCACCUUUGAUGCAUUAGCAUGGUAGAUGAGUUUAAUAUAAUAUGAUGUUCUUUAAUUGCUCAAAUAUCGCAAUCUUAUAAUUACAGGGAUGAAAUGUAUGUGAGGCUUGAAAUUUGAAUCAUGAUUACAGACAACUUGGUGCAGUCCAUUGGGUUCUCAUGGUACUUAAGACUUGAUUAUUUAUAAAAGUGUAUUGUAUAUGAAGGAGAAAUUAAGAUGAUGGUUAUGUAUAAAUGCAUUAUAUCCAUUGUCUUCUUAUACUGAUAUUAAUUGAAGGAGCCCUUAAUUGCUAUUCUUGCUAA